UAGUCGCUGUCAGCACCCUUCUUUCCCUUCUUGCCGCCAGUGUAGGCAGCCUUCUCCUCGGCCUUGGUGCGCUCACGCUGGUCCUGAGAGAAGAACAUGUACGCAGACAGGGCACGCUUGGGGGCGUCCUUGUCCUGGUGCGCGGCGAGGAAAGAAAGAGAGGAGGGAGUCAGACGCCUGCAGUGGGGAUCGGGCGGUGGAUGACCGCAAGCGUGGAUGGCUCAGCGACUCACCUUCUUGGUCUUCUUGGUGGUAGCAGCGGCGGAGGUAGCCUUCUUGGGUGCCAUGGUGAUUAGUGUACGGUGGGGUGGUGUGGUGGUCUGCGCAGGCGGAGAGGGGUGGAUGUAUGCAGCAUGGAUCGAGGAAAGGGAGGAGGCACGAGGGGCGAGGAGGAGCGGAUAUUGGUGGUCAGCUGGCCAUUUCUCGUGCUUUCGGCGUGGUAAUAUGCUCUGCUGGUCGUCGAACGUCAGUCACGCCCUACACCGUGGCAGGCGACGCGAUCGCUGGCCAGUGCAUGCGUGCAUACACGGUGUGGAUGCGUCGAUGAUGAUGACGAGCACAGGUGCGGACGAGAGGCUGAGCCAGCUCUCGAUCCACCCGGAUGCUGUUCGCCCUCUUCUCGAUAUGCCCUGAGCAGCGCGUCGAUGGUAGCGACCAAGCCAAGGCCAUAACCACGACGUCGCUGAGCCAGCCUAGCAGCGCCAGGCGCAGGCGUAGGCUUGUAGGCUGCGUAGGCCUGAGACGCGUCCCAGCCUGGCCUGGCUGGCUCACGCUCAAG